GAGUCAGUGUUGGGGUUACAGCGCGUCAGGUCAAAUCUGGGUACUGUGGAUGGUUUCCCGUUAUAUUUAUUUUUAUGCCACAAUUAGAUAAAAAUAUCAACUAUAUACCGAAAUGGGAAACGAAAACAUUUGAAAAUAAAUUAUUUACAGAAUGUCAAUUUUAUAACCAAUUCUUUUCUGAAAGUAAGUUCAAAGGUAAAAGAAAAACUAUAUCAAUGUGCCUACGUCAUCAUUUUCAAUCUACAUGUUAAAAGGAAUAUUUAAAAAGAUUAUUUUUCGUCUGGUACUGCAUACGUCAAAAAGAGAUCGUCAUCCCGGAAAAUAAAAAUGGGAUAUUUUACGUCAUGCAUACAUACAACCUAAAACUUGGAUACGAAAGAAAAAAAAAAAAAAAACAGGCGCACAACCCUGCUGCUCUCUUCUAGCUCAAUCGUUUAUUUCUGUUCGGUGUUAGCCAUUUGAACACAUCCAAGUUGAAAUCAAAGAUGGCUGCCGUCGUUCUUUGCGAGUGAAUUCGUGUGUGCAAAUUUGGGAAUUAAUUUAAUGGAUAAUUGCCGUGAAAAUUUAGAAAUUUUUACUAAAUUCAAUCCAUUGUGGCAAAUGGAAGUAAAUACUAAUCAAAAAUUGCAGUAAUUUAUCUCCCUCCUUUUUAUUUAAACAACUGUACUACCAAAAGUUAUUUUUAACAAACAAUUGAAAAUAAAAACAAUAAACAGUGAAACAAAAUACUAAAUAACAUGGAUUCUGAUUUAAAACGUGAUGAUACAACUAGAAAGAGUUUUCGCAAUCCCUCGCAUCGCAAGGGCACAGCUCCAGCACCGCCAACAUCCACACAACCAAAGAUAACUGAGUUUGUAAAGCUUGCCGACAUAGAUAUCGGCGAAGCGCCAGCAACUUGCCCACCAUCUGGAAUUAAUUUUUUUUCCAAUGAAAGAGAAGAUGAGCCAAGUGCUUUAGUGGAAUUGAGAAAGACCUCAAUAAAGGAUAGCACAGCUAUUCCUGGUGAAAAAAGAUGCUCGGUUCCAGUUUCUAAAUCUUUUAGCCAGUAUCUAGCAAGUAAUGCUAAAAAAGGCAAUGAUCGAGUUUCUCUGAACCCAGAUAGUGAUGCUCGUAAAGGUCGAAUUGAACAACUUCGCGAUAAAAUGUUGUUAUCACCGCUGCCAAACAGAGCAGAUAAUAGAAUCAAUCUGCCGGACGAAGAUGAUGAUAAUGUAUCAUUCGCCUUGGGUUCCAUAGAAAAACACAUCAAUCAAGUCGAAGAAAGUUUCAAGCAAUCGUCGAAACAAAAUGCCUGUAUUGAUGAAAUGAAAGUUGAAAUAAUAAAGAAGAGCAAACGCUAUGGAGAACAUGAAAAUCUCCUUCAACCAGGAAUCAGUGAUAUGGCAUCGGGACAGGAUUUUGGGUAUCUUCCCGGUAGUCGUGGUGCUGAAUCGGAUAGUGAGUCUGAAUUCCAACGCGGCUCGGAAGCACGUAAUUCAACAGGUGCGUACUCGAAGGCUAUAACCACCACACAGAAGCCAAAAAUUUCCCGAACAGCAUCGGAUACCAAGAACUCUGGGGUGAUUGCUAUUCGUGCUGCACUCAAACCAAAGCAAAGCGUUGCCACCAAAGAUAUUCAAUUAGAUGCUAUAGCUGUGGCUAAAAAUGCCGCAAAUACUACAUCAUCAGCGGCAACUUCUGCAGCAAAAAAACGAGAAGAAAACCUGAAACAUUUUGAGGCAUUACUUCAGCAAAAGCCAAGAGUUGUUUCGACUGAAGUUAAGCAGAUUAGAGCACGACCUGCAGCACCGCUAGCAAAGCCAACACCAUUAACGUCGUCUUCGAAUACAACUCCAACUGCUGCAAGACAUGUUGUUACAAUGGCUCCUUUACCACCAUCGGCAACUAAAGCGCCGUCACCGAAUACUUCGAUGCUAAAUAAUCGUUAUGCUACCGAAAUUCAGGGUUCACCUAAUAUGCAAAUACGUGGUGGUGUGCCAAUGCGUUGGCGUGCAACCGAGGAGCAUAUUGGAAAAUAUAAGCUGAUUAAGACGAUUGGAAAGGGUAAUUUUGCCAAAGUGAAAUUAGCUAAACAUUUGCCAACCGGUAAAGAAGUGGCCAUUAAAAUCAUAGACAAAACUCAGUUGAAUCCUGGGUCGCUUCAAAAAUUGUUUAGAGAGGUUAGAAUUAUGAAAAUGCUUGAUCAUCCGAACAUUGUUAAAUUAUUCCAAGUUAUUGAAACCGAAAAGACCUUAUAUCUUGUGAUGGAAUACGCAUCUGGUGGCGAAGUAUUCGAUUAUCUGGUGCUGCAUGGUCGUAUGAAGGAGAAAGAGGCACGCGUUAAAUUUAGACAAAUUGUAUCGGCCGUACAAUACUGCCAUCAAAAGAGAAUUAUCCAUAGAGACUUAAAAGCUGAAAAUCUUCUUUUGGAUAGUGAAUUAAAUAUUAAAAUUGCAGAUUUUGGUUUUUCAAAUGAAUUUACACCUGGUUCAAAGUUGGACACCUUUUGUGGUAGUCCACCAUAUGCUGCACCAGAAUUGUUUCAGGGAAAAAAAUACGAUGGCCCAGAAGUUGAUGUCUGGUCAUUAGGUGUGAUACUCUACACCUUGGUUAGUGGUUCAUUGCCAUUUGAUGGUUCAACACUUAGAGAAUUACGAGAGAGGGUUCUCAGAGGCAAAUAUAGAAUUCCCUUCUACAUGUCCACUGACUGUGAAAAUCUCCUACGCAAAUUUCUUGUAUUAAAUCCAGCUAAACGUGCUAGUCUAGAGACUAUCAUGAGUGAUAAAUGGAUGAAUAUGGGUUUUGAGGAUGAGGAACUGAAGCCAUACAUUGAACCUAAACAAGACCUAGCUGACCCCAAGCGGAUAGGUAAGACGGUUUGGUCAAACUGUAAUCAUAGUGACGCUCCAAAGAUUUGGAAAGCUCUUGUUGCAAUGGGUUACAAUAGGCAAGAAAUUGAAAAUUCGUUGUCACAAGUUCGCUACGAUGAUGUUUUCGCCACAUAUUUGCUUCUAGGAAGAAAAAGCACUGAUCCCGAAAGCGACGGAUCCCGAUCAGGGUCAUCCCUUUCGCUUCGUAAUAUUGCUGGAAACGAUGGGGCUGCCGUUGGAAAUUCAUCCGUACAGAGUCCAACACAUCGUGGCGUUCAUAGAAGUAUUUCAGCUUCCAGCACGAAGCCAAGUCGGCGCGCCUCAUCUGGCGCUGAGACAUUACAAAUAUUCCAUCGUUUUAUCACAGGUGUUGGUCCAACAAAUGCAGCGGCUACGACAACUCCGGCAGGCAAUAAUCACAGUGGAACAGGAACCGGUACAACAGCAGAUCGAUCUUCAAUAAGUAGUAAUUUCAAACGGCAAAAUACCAUUGAUUCAGCAACAAUAAAAGAAAACACUGCUCGGUUAGCAGCACAAAAUCAAAGACCCGCAUCAGCAACACAGAAACCAAUUUCAUCCGGAGAUAGUUCAGUUACCAGUCCAGCGAAGCCUCGUUCAUCAUCAAAAUAUGAUCCUACAAAUGGAAAUCGAACAGUCGGUCCAAGUGGUAUGAUACCACGACGAUCAACGACUCUAUACGAAAAGACUUCAUCGACGGAGAAGACCAAUGUUCUACCAACAGAAUCAAAUUUUGUGACAACCAUUUCCGAAUUAUCAAGGAGUGGAUCGGCCGCUCCAAGUGGUAAGGGCCAUGUAAAGAGCGCCUCGGUUUCUAGUCCCGGUCCAUCAGUAGCUGAGAGUAGUGGCGCUUCAAAUGACCCACUUGGAUCGAGUUUGCUCGAUCGACUUAGAAUGACAUCGGCUGUUAAAUCUAGCAGGCAUUUUCCAAGGAAUGUACCAUCACGAUCAACCUUCCAUUCGGGCCAAACCAGGCGAAACAAUACUGCUCUAGAAUAUUCAGGAACAGGAGGUGCAACAGGCGAAUCACCACAUCCCGGACGCAUGAGUUUUUUCUCAAAACUUUCAUCACGAUUUAGUAAACGCAAAAAGGAUAUUCUCCAGCAGUCAGCAAUAUGAAUGAAAAAAUAAGAAAAUAAUUUACAAAUAUAAAUUAAAAUUUACUUAUAAAUUUAUAUUAAAUAAAUUUCAAUACUUACAAAAAAAAAAACACUGACGAACUUAGCGUUACAGACUCUCACAUUAUCAUAGACUUCCGAUUUCCACAUGAUUCUUCUCCACAAUAACAAUUGUAAAUAAACAAACAAAAAAACAAUGAAGAGGACAUUGUUAACUUUUUUUUUUAAAUAUUGUAUGAAACUAUGUAUUUGACCAGAGAUAAAUUAGAAUAAAAUUGGAUUUUCCAGAAUAUGAAAGUAUGUAUGUAUAUAAAAAAAGUUUAUUUCUCAUUAUUCACAUUCCUUGCGGGUUUUAAUCAUUUGUUUAAAUGUUUUAACCUCCAACAACAAAUAAUGAAAAUUAAAUAUCAGAAACAGUUUAAUUUAACUUACAAAACGAUUACAUACAUUCUCAGAUAAACAAAACAAAAAAGUGCCUGCAAUAAUAACCACCACCUUACCUUGGGUAUGGUUUGCUCACACAUCUUCAUAUUUUCCUUUUUUGACGUUAAUAAACAAUAUAUUCAUUAAAAAUAUCAUUAAGAUGUAUCUAGCUAUAAAUAUUUUAAUACAUAAUUCUGCCUUGUUCGUACGUGGCUGAAUUGUCAAAAAAAAGAAAUUUGGAAUUGAUUAUUUUUUGUUUUUUUUUUUAUCAUCGCAUUUAAAUGCUUGUUGUUUUCAUUUGUCAAUUUCAAGUGUUCGUGUUAUUUUACAAUCAUAAAUUUCUGUGUUAAUUUCUCUUAAAUAAUUUGGAAUCAAGUAAAAAUAAGAAACCAGUAUGUAAGUACAUAUUUUUAUAUUAGAAAUUAAAUUAGAAACAAACUGGGAAAUUUUGUAAUGAAAAGAAAUAAAAUUAAUUCAAACAUUACUCUUAAAUAUGCAUGCUAAUUGAUACUGAUUUACUAAGUUUAUAAAAUGAAUACGAUAAUUUCAACUUGCAAUCUAAAUUACCUGGUAUUUAAAAAGCAUGCUUUUUUUACGUGCUAUUAAUUAAAUGUACUGCAUUAUUAAUUUAUUAAUAAUGAAAAUAGUACCUAUCAAUUCAAUGAUAUAAAUCAUUUUGACUUAAAUCUUUCACAUUUUAUUCGCUUUGGUUUCAUAAGAAAGCGUUUAUUAAAGAUCAAUAAACAUAGGUCUUUAGAGAAAACUUUAUGUAAGCCACAUUUACUCGUGAUAACCCGCAAAAUCCUUACUGACCUGCAUACAUUUCGAAAGUCAAUUUAUGUAUGGUCUGGUUGUACAACUUAGCCCAUGUAUGCUAUCCAAUUUGUUUAUGUUGCACUAUUUGUAUUUAUUAAAUACCCUUCUUUCCGGCAGUAUUCGUACGAACAAGAUUUAGAAAAAUUAUUUGAUUUAUUUUUAUUACGUUGAAUUUUUUUGUAAAAAUUAAGGAAAUCUUAGAAAGACUAAACUUAGUUUGAUUUCACUUUAAACCAUUUUUUUGUUUCAAGUUGUAAUCCAGUAAUCCAAUUUUUUAAAUACUUUACUUAGCUGAAGAAGAAUUUGUUAACGAAAAAAGAUUGAUCAGUUUGUAUUUACGCGUUAAAUAUAUAUAAAAAUAAAAUUCAUAACAUUACAUAUAAAUAUAAGCGAUUUACUGAGGGAAUAUAUUUUAAAAAGCAGUUUGUACGUCGCUUUAUAAGAAUUUUACUUAUUUAUGUGAAAAAAUUCAUAAAAUAACUUUUAAUUUAGAAAAAAAAAACAAUCAAUUUUUGUUAUAACUGCUAUCGAUUUAGUUGCCUAGUUUUUAAAUAAGGAAUGAAAAAAAAUAAAAAAUAAAAACUAUAUACUUUAAAUCAAUCAUAAAUAUUAUACCUAUAAUGUAAUUUAUAGUUUUUAACACUCGAGCAAAUAUUGUUGUUAUUAAAGUAAACUAUAAAAAUUGUCAUGAUAUGAAACAAUGAUACAAAAAAAAAAAGAAAUAAAAAAAUAAAAAUUAUGAUAAUUUCAAAACAAAAGAAUUUUUUUCAACUUUUAUUGGUUUUUCAUUAAUUUGUUUAAAUUUUUUUAACGUUCUUUAUAAAUGUCAUGGUUAAUCGUUUAACGAUGUUCUUAUAAUGUUUUGUUGUGCCACGUUUAAUGUAGUAAUGUAUACAAAAUUAAUUGGUAUAAGUAUGCAUGUUUUAAUUUGCUUAGCAUUAUUUCAGUUGAGAAAUUUUUAUUUUUAAAUAAAUACAUAAAAUAAAAUGAAAUUAUUAAAAUGCUGAUAGUUAAAAAAAAAUCAAUAAAGCAAAAAAAAAUUCCGAAAAAAGACCGAUUUGGGUAAAAAGCAUCCUGUUUGUGUUCUUAAGAACAACCGCUUACAAAUUCUUUGGCGAGUGAUUGGAUGUGCCGAACAGUUGUUUGUAAACUUUAACCGGAUAAUGAUUUAGCUUCAAAAGUUUUUAAAAUUAAUAACUUCUGAUUUUUGUUUGAUAAGGAAAGUAAUCAUUUCAUCUUAUAGCCUUCUACGACUAAGGCAUAGAGAUAUUUUACUCAUACAAGCUUCUUUGAAAUGAGACAAUUUUCACCUCAUUUAAAUGAAAUGGAUAUUCUACUGGUACAAAAAAACAAAAAGUCCUGUGACAACGAAUUAGACUCAUCUAGAGUAAAAUCAUUGAAUAAUUACAAGUAUAAGUAGACAUCCUGCAAAACGGCCGCUAUUUAUUCCCGUGGCGUUAGUAUCGCCCGAAGGUUUU